AUGGUGCUGAGACUCUUUGCGCCGCCUGGUGAAGGCCAACAUCGACUUGUCCCGAAACGACCGGAUCCUAUCGGUGCCAAUGCGACCCUCCAGUAUUCCGUGCUUUCCUCGACCGUUGUUGCCGCCGCCUAUACGUCCUUUGCAUCGAGAUAUAGUCAGAGAGUAACUCCUGCGCAGCCGCUGUCUAGAGCCGCUGUCUUCAUACGGGCUUCCGCCAGACUGGGGAUUUGGACAGGUGUGGCAGGAGCGGCGCUCAACUGGUAUUACUACUCGGCUUUCGCCAAGGUGGUGGUGUCGCAAAAGGUGCCAGAAAUCAACAACUGGAAGCUCUUUGAGCGGACAAAGUCACACACUGUUGAUGAUGGCGCUUUGGCAGGCGCGGCAUUGGGGCUCGCUGCCUCGGUGCCGUCGCUGAUUAUGCGCCGGCCUGCUAUACCACGAUGGACACGAUGUUUGGGCAUGAUGAAUACCGGUGCUUGUGCAGGCGUGCUGGGAGCGCAUGCAUACUUCCAGUACACUGGAGAGAGGCAGGAGGCUUAUAAACACCUUGGUCGGCAACUCAAGCGAAGAUCACUUGAGUUCUGGGCCAUCUUCUGGGACGCAGAGAUGAUGGCUAGUCUCGAUCCUAUCAUGCAGCAGUACGUACGACACAACGGUUUCUGGUACACAAGAUGGCUGCCUGAGGAAGUCUUCGAUCGAGAAGUACAUGCCAGCGAACCCUUCGCCGGCAGCGAAGUGCCCGCCGCAAUCACUGAAGCGCCUGUUGAAGAGCAGCCGCCGUUCUACAUUACACCCAUCGAGUACGCCCAAGACUUGCGUCAGAUUGACGUACAAAGCACCAAAGCCAAAAUCGAAGCCAUGGAGGCGGACAGACAGGAACUCCUCAAGGAAGCCGAAUACCUUCUGUUUGUCAACGCACAGCAGCAGUACGAAUACUGUCACUUGGAUACGAUGGAUGAUGAAGAACGGCACCGACGUCUUCAGGAGAUCCAUGUCGUCGACGUAGCGUACAAUCGCCUUCGCGCUGCAGCGAAUGACAUCGAUGUCAAGCUCAUCCAUUGGCGCAUGUCGCUCAAGCACAAGCUUGUUUGGGAAAUAGCCACGACCGCUACCUCUGCCACCUCCUCUACCUCCAGCACGAUGACGACUCGAACAGAUGCCCUCGCCGACUGGCUACCCGCCCCUCAAGCCUUGACUUCCUUCGCGACGCACAAACCGACGUAUUCGAUGGGCGAGAUUGAAAAGGUACAUUGGCAGAUUGCGGCUGAGGUCAAGAGGUUCGAGGAGGGAUACAGGGAUGAGAGAUACCCAAAGGAGAAGAGAGAGAGGUGGAAGAGGGAUGCUGAGGAUGGGAGUAGGAUACUGAGGGCGGCCGACCAUGUCCUGUGGAGGCUGAUGAAGGCGAGAGAAGGGACUGACGAUGGUGACGCGAAGAAUGAUGGGGUUGUGGUUGGGCAUGAGAAGAGUGCUGCUCCUGCAGGCCAAUCGGCAGUCACGACUGAGGCCGCAAAGCUGGACACGGCAGCCACUCCUGCCAGGAAGGAGCUUGAAAAGCCUCGUGUGGAUGACAAAGUGACGAAGACACGUACUGGUGCUCUGGAUGCUGAUAAGUCCUGA